AUUUCUUCUCACUUGCCAAACUGGCCGAAGCAUUUGAUCCCUGGUGUGGUGAUAUCAACGAACGUGCAAUUACAGCGCUAGCCUCUGGCCAAACCAACCCUGUUGUCCCUUCAAUGGCGAAGACCAUCAUCCCCGUCUCGGAGCUCACCAAGUAUCCCUGCGACACGCAGGAGGAGGAGGAUCCCUCUUUUGGUCCCGCCCCCAUCUCCAACUUGGCCGGCACUACAGGUGACAACAACCCGGACGAGCCCGACUCCCUCGUCGUAGGCUACGGGACCAUUGUUCCCCGCUGGGAUGUUCAUCUCACUCAGGGCAGAGUCCUCCAGUACUUUGUGCAAGAGGAGAGCUUCACGUCUCCCGACCAAGCGCGAUCUACAGCCAAAACGUUCCAGGAUGCCGCCGAUACAUGGAACGAGCUCGAACUGGGUGUCGCCAUCUCCGAGACGACAGGCCAGGACAGCGCAAACUUCUACCUCGUGUAUAAGCCCAAUCCCACUGUUGGGUCGGGACGCAACACGCUCGCCCGUGCCUUCUUCCCUCACGAGGUCGACCAGGAUGUCAUCGUCUUCUCGCGUGCCUUUGAUCCGACCGCCAAACCCAUCCUCAAGAACAUCUUCCAGCACGAGAUUGGUCAUAUCCUCGGCCUACGCCACGAGUUCGCCAUCACGGGCGACGAUAAGAAGAAUAUCAUGCCCGAGGGUCAUGGCGCUAUUCAGUUCCUCAACAACAACUACAACUCGAUCAUGAGCUACAACUUCCCUCCCAAGAUCCAGGACAGCGACCGCGAGCAGAUCACUCAGUUCUACAAGCUGAGCAAUGGUUACAUGAUGGGGGAUAGUCCGAUCACCGACUAUCAGCCCCAGAUUCGACGAAAGAACAGGUAG